UCUGAACGUGGUUGUGUGAAGUCAAUGGCAAGUGAGAGAGAAAAGCAAUUAGCUCGGAGAAUGACAAUUGGAGAAGCGCUGCUGCGAUCGGGAAGUCAACGGAGGACCAUGAGUGGGCAGGUGGGGCUGUAUUUGGUCCAUCGAUUAUUUGACAUCAGGACGAUCUGGGGCAAGAUCUUAUCUACAAGAUAUCUAAGACCGCGCCGGACCGUUGGCUUGUCUCAGGGUGUUUCUUUAUAUCACUGAGGAAUUCUAUACACAGCCAACUAAUUUGCAUCUCGCUGUGACAAUCACAGACGGUAGAUCAACAUCCAACCCGAGUCAGCACCUACUCACAAUAUACUUCUACUGUCGCCCAGCAUACACCAUGCCACCACCGAAUCUAGCGCCACCGACGUCGGUCAUCGGGAAUGUGCGUCUACCAGACUCAGACUCGGACUCAACUUCGGACAUCUGCAUCAACGAUCAAGGCAUCAUCGAGUCCAUCAUCCCUCACGAGGGCAAGUCCGGUACCGCUGCUCCUAGCGCGCCUCUCGCCCUCCCAGCAUUGACGCACCCACACAUCCACCUCGACAAGGCGUACAUCCAUAGCGCACGCGAAUAUGCACAUCUUCUCCCCUCGACUGGCUCAUUUGCCGAAGCCUUAUCUUUUACCACGCAAGCCAAACGCCUAUUCACUUAUGCGGACCUCCUGAAACGCGGCGAAUGGCUACUUGCAGGGUCCGUCACCGCUGGGGUCACGGCGAUGAGGGCGUUCGUGGAGGUGGACCAGACGGUCGGGUUCACUUGCCUAGACGCCGGGAUCAGUCUCAAGGAUACAUGGAAGGACGCCUGCACGGUGCAGCUAGUGAGCUUCGCACAGGAUCCCAUAUUUUCGGACGAGCAUGGCGAGGAGAACCUCCAGCUGAUGGAGGAGGCGAUCCGACGGCCACAGGUAGAUGUGAUCGGUACGACGCCAUACGUGGAAUCGAGCGUCGAAGCAGCAAAGCGGAAUAUUGAAUGGGCUGUUGAGCGCGCUUUGCAACAUGAUAGGCAUGUGGACUUUCACCUGGAUUACAACCUCGACCCUGCAAAAGAGGCCCUGGUCUGGUUUGUCCUGCGGACACUCAAGGAAAAGGGUUGGACGACCCGAUGCACAAGCAAACGGGUCAUACUAGGCCAUUGCACGCGGCUCACCCUUUUCAACGAUCGCGAUUGGAGAAGGCUUGCGAAGGAAAUCAAGGACAAUGACCUUCCGGUCAGCUUCGUUGGGCUGCCGACAAGUGAUCUCUAUAUGGCUUCUCCUUCUCCUUCCGGAGACAGUGCAGGUCGGCCGCGAGGGACGUUGCCGGUAGUGGAGAUGAUCAACAAGCAUGAGUUAGACGCCGUGAUGGGAAUUAACAACGUUGGCAACGCGUUCACACCCUGGGGCUCAGAGGACCCGCUGUCGUUGGCUUGCCUAGGAGUGGGCAUUUACCAGGCUGGAACCCGGGCAAAUGCUGAACUUCUAUACGAAUGUGUUUCGACACGGGCUCGUGCAGCAAUCGGGCUUUCGCCACAGAAUACCGGUCUUUCUUUGAAACCUGAAAGCCGCGCGGACUUCAUAAUGUUCCACGAAGUCGAUGAAACAUGUUGUGGCGCGGCAAGGCCCCGGCAUGGCGUCGCAGGCAUUGUUUGGGAUCCACCGUCGAAGGUGAGCAGGCGCGUCAUAACUGGUGGACAGCGGAUUAUUUCCCCGCCUUCUUAGUACACCCGCAAAAUGCAUUGUGUGGCACAAUAUAGACCUCGCAAGGGAUGAUAUACCUCCCCAGAGUAGAAGCAAUAAGAAAUCUCCGGGUGUGAGCGAGAACAAGCACCAACGGAAUAUUAAUAAUCAAAAGCUUGGGUGU